AAUAGCAAUGACAUCCCCUGGAAAGAAGGGCAAAACUAAUAUAGGAGAAGAGUAAAAGAUAUAGAAAGAGAAAAAAAAAAAAAAAAAAAAAAAGGAGUCAAAUAUAAUUCUCCUAAAUAGUAAAUACUACUCAAUUAUAAUAUUAGAAUAGAAGAUAAAGAAAAGAAGAAAAAAAAGAAAAAAUGGCAGCAUAUAGAGCUGAUGAUGAUUAUGAUUAUCUGUUUAAGGUAGUGUUGAUUGGAGAUUCGGGUGUUGGAAAAUCCAAUCUUCUUUCUCGUUUUACAAGAAAUGAAUUCAGUCUUGAAUCAAAAUCAACCAUUGGUGUUGAAUUCGCAACUCGUAGCAUUCGUGUUGAUGAUAAGAUUGUUAAGGCUCAAAUUUGGGACACUGCUGGUCAAGAAAGGUAUCGUGCUAUCACGAGUGCCUAUUAUCGAGGAGCUGUUGGUGCAUUGGUUGUGUACGAUAUUACUCGCCAUGUCACGUUCGAAAACGUGCAGCGAUGGCUGAAGGAACUUCGUGAUCAUACUGAUUCUAACAUUGUCAUUAUGCUUGUUGGAAACAAGGCUGAUUUGCGUCACUUGCGUGCUGUAUCGGUCGAAGAUGCUAAAGGUUUUGCUGAAAGGGAGAACACUUUUUUCAUGGAAACAUCUGCUCUUGAAUCAUUGAAUGUUGAGAGUGCUUUCACUGAAGUUCUAUCUCAAAUUUAUCAUGUUGUGAGCAGGAAAGCACUUGACAUUGGGGAUGAUCCAGCAGCAUUGCCUAAGGGACAAACUAUUAACAUUGGCUCUAAGGAUGAUGUUUCUGCAGUCAAGAAAUCGGGAUGUUGUUCUAAUUAAUUUCUUCUACUUAUAAGUUAUAGCACCCAUCCUUAAAACCCAGAAGGAAAAAAAAAAAAAAAAAGGAAAAAACUGAAAUACUAUUGAUAACACCCUGUUCAUAUUACUA